AUGGACACAUCGGGGAUGACAUCGGAAACGGCUUUGAGUUCGUAUUCGCUGUUUCGGUCCAUCGGUUCCGAACCGACACAUCUCUGGUCACAGCCAUCGCCCACAACGACGGCCGCCGGCGGACACCACAAGACAUCGUUUGGCGACCGGACACACAAUAGUGGCCACAAGAGCGGCGCUAACAGUGACCCCGAUUUGGAUCAACUGUUUGUCUUCGGCUAUUCGUGUAAACUAUUCCGCGACGACCGACGCGCCCGUGAGAUCGACUCCGGACAGCAUCUGAUCGGUUGGAACGGAUCCACUGACCAUCUGAUAGACAGGUUUGACGUGAGAGGAUAUCUCAAUGAUUUGAGUGAAUUUGAUGCCAAUCGCAGACAAUGUGCCCAACAGUUGUCGGCCGAAGAGCUCGAGAUGGAAAGGCUGUGCGACGAAGAACGAUAUGCUGACCUUAAUAACGAUUAUGUCGAUGACAAUCACGGUCUGUAA